UUGCCCCGGUGCCCAGGGCUCUGGUGCGCAGCGCACCCCCGGGGGCUCGCAGGCGAACAUGGCGUCCGGCCGGCGCGCUCCGCGCUCGGGGCUGCUGGAGCUGCGCGCCGGGGCGGGCUCGGGCUCGGGGGCCGGCGGCGGCGGCGGCGGCGAGCGGUGGCAGCGGGUGCUGCUCAGUGUGGCCGAGGACACGCUGACCGUGAGCCCCGCCGACGGCGAGCCCGGCUCGGAGCCCGCUGCUGCGCGGGAGCCGGAGUCGGCGCACUUCAACGGCGCCGCCGAGCCGGGCGCGGCGGCCCCGCAGCCGCCCGAAGCGCUGCUGCUCCAGCGGCGCCGCGUGACGGUGCGCAAGGCCGAUGCCGGCGGGCUGGGCAUCAGCAUCAAAGGGGGCCGGGAGAACAAGAUGCCUAUCCUCAUUUCCAAGAUCUUCAAAGGACUGGCAGCAGACCAGACCGAGGCCCUCUUUGUGGGGGAUGCCAUCCUGUCUGUGAAUGGCGAAGACUUGUCCUCUGCCAGCCAUGAUGAGGCUGUGCAGGCUCUCAAGAAGACUGGCAAAGAGGUGGUGCUGGAGGUCAAGUACAUGAAGGAGGUCUCACCAUAUUUCAAGAAUUCUGCCGGCGGGACCUCAGUCGGCUGGGAAUCACCUCCCGCCUCACCUCUUCAGCGGCAGCCUUCCUCCCCUGGUCCCCAGCCCCGGAACCUCAGUGAAGCCAAACACAUACCCUUGAAGAUGGCAUAUGUUUCAAGGAGGUGCACCCCCACUGACCCGGAGCCCAGGUACUUGGAGAUCUGUGCAGCGGAUGGCCAGGAUGCCCUCUUCCUGAGGGCCAAGGAUGAAGCCAGUGCAAGGUCAUGGGCAGGUGCUAUUCAAGCCCAGAUCAGCGCUCUCACUCCCUGGGUCAAGGACGAGCUGCAGGCACUUUUGGCAGCCACGGGCACAGCUGGGCACCAGGACAUCAAGCAGAUUGGUUGGCUCACUGAACAGCUACCCAGUGGGGGCAUGGUCCCCACCUUGGCCCUCCUGACUGAGAAGGAACUGCUCCUGUACUCUUCCCUCCCCCAGACCCGAGAAGCCCUGAGCCGGCCGGCCCGCACUGCCCCGCUCAUUGCCACCAGGCUGGUGCACUCAGGCCCCUCCAAGGGCUCGGUGCCCUAUGAUGCAGAACUGUCUUUUGCCCUGCGCACGGGCACGCGCCAUGGCGUGGACACUCACCUGUUCAGCGUGGAGUCACCGCAGGAACUGGCAGCCUGGACCCGACAGCUGGUGGAUGGCUGUCACCGGGCCGCUGAGGGUGUUCAAGAAGUGUCCACAGCCUGUACGUGGAACGGCCGUCCCUGCAGCCUGUCCGUGCACAUUGACAAGGGCUUCACCCUGUGGGCAGCCGAGCCAGGAGCGGCCCGAGCUGUGCUGCUCCGACAGCCCUUUGAGAAGCUGCAGAUGUCCUCUGAUGAUGGCACCAGUCUCCUGUUCCUGGAUUUCGGGGGUGCUGAAGGCGAGAUUCAAUUAGACCUUCACUCGUGUCCCAAAACCAUGGUCUUCAUCAUCCACUCCUUCCUCUCAGCCAAAGUCACCCGGCUAGGACUCUUGGCCUAGAAGUUUCCAGAUGCACUGAUCCUGAAGGAGGUCAUUCACCGGAUGCCUGACUUGGAUCUCUCUUGUCUGUUCACCACUGGGCUGAAGGAAGGGAGAGGAGGGGAACAAGGGCCUCUGAGACCAAGUCUAAAGGAGGCUGGCUUGGUCUUAGGGCCCAGCACCCAGACCUGGGUUAGCGGGUCCUGCCUGUGAUGGGGUAGCCUUCCUGCUACCCACCUCCACUAGUGCCUUCUGAAGAGAGAGAUUUUGUGUACACAGAAGCCAUUCCGAGCCUGGGACCUGCCAAUGUGGGGGUCCUGACCCCAGCCAGCAGUGAAGCUGCCAGGCCUCCUAGAGGUCACUCAGUCACCCCCAGUGACUUCCUCUGAAGCUGGGGUCUCCAGGGUCAGCGGCCAGAGAAAGCAGAGGAGCCUUUCUGCCACUCACUUUCUCCUCAGCACCACUGCUAUGAGGCACCUCACCUCCCUUUUCCUCCUCUCUCUCUUCCUUACUCUUGGAUAAUAAACAGUCUGUGAGCACA